GACCUCUUUAACUCGUGACGCAUUGGCCGCACAUGAUUUUUAGGUUAGGUUUUUAGCUAAGAUUUUCGGUUUUGGAGAUUAGCAGGUGUUUCGAGUUUCAAAGAUAAUCUUCGUGUUUUUUUAAGUAGAAUAUCAAAUAAAUAAUCUUACAAGCAGAAAGAGAUUUUAUUCAAGCGUUACAGACACAUAAAAUGGAAUAUAUUGAAGUCUCUGACGAAGCACAGAAGAAAGGAAUGAUUCUCUGCUGCGAGUGUGGGCUCCUCAUCGAAUCAAAUCCUGCCAAUAUGUGUGUAGGCUGUCUACGUACACAUGUUGAUAUUACAGAGGGUAUCCCUAAACAAGCAACCAUUCAUUUCUGCAAGAACUGUGAAAGAUAUCUUCAACCACCUUCUGACUGGAUUCAUGCCUCACUAGAAUCUAAGGAACUUUUGUCAUUGUGCUUGAAAAAGUUGAAAGGAUUGAAUCGUGUGAAAUUGGUAGAUGCUGGUUUUGUAUGGACAGAACCACAUUCCAAAAGAUUGAAGGUAAAGUUAACUAUUCAUGCAGAAGUUCUUGGUGGAACAGUCCUGCAGCAAGUAUUUGUGGUCGAAUAUGUUGUGAAUCAUCAGAUGUGCGAAGACUGUCACCACAUAGAGGCUAAAGAUUAUUGGCGUGCAUCUGUGCAAAUCCGCCAAAGAGCAAUAAACAAGAAAACCUUUUACUACUUAGAACAGUUGAUAUUGAAACAUAAAGCACAUGAGCAUACAUUGGGCAUAAAACCUAUUCAUGAUGGUUUGGACUUCUUUUUCGCAAAUGAAGCUGCAGCUAGAAAAAUGGUUGAUUUUUUAAUGACUGUCAUGCCAUGCCAUUGCCAACAUUCGAAGAAAUUAAUUUCACAUGAUUGUCAUAGUAAUUUGUACAAUUACAAGUUUACAUUCAGCGUUGAAAUCGUUCCGCUCUCCAAGGACAGCGUAGUCUGCUUACCGCGAAAGUUGGCUCAACAAUUGGGUGGCAUUAGCCCUAUUUGUUUGGUAUAUCGAAUCACAAAUUCUGUGCAUCUUAUAGACUUUUUAUCAGGACAAAUUGCUGAAGUUAGUGCGACUGUUUACUGGAGAUAUAACUUCAAUAGUAUAUGCGAUCCAAAACAAUUAACAGAAUAUAUCGUGAUGGAUAUUGAACCAAUAAAGUAUAAAGAUAGAAAAAUGUUCCCAGGACAAGGAUCUAUUUCUAAUAAACACAUUAUAGCAGAUGCAUGGCUAGUGAAAGCAUCUGAGCUGGGAAUAAACGAUAAUCCAAUUCACACACGUACACACUUAGGACAUAUACUUAAACCAGGCGAUUCAGUAUUCGGCUAUGCUCUCAAAGAUAGUAAUAUUAACGAUACCAAUUUCGAGAAAUUAAGUGAUGAUUCAAUACCCGAUAUUAUUCUGGUAAAAAAGUUUUACAGUCAUAACAAGGCGGCCCGUCGCAAAGCACGAGUGUGGAAGUUGAAACAUAUUGUUGACGAAGCAGCUAGUAUGAGUACAGAAAAUAAUGAUUAUAACGAAUUUCUUGACGAGCUGGAAGAAGAUCCAGAAUUGAGACAGAAUAUCAAUAUAUAUAGAGACAUUCGGAAACACAUCCCUGUUGAUACUAGUGAGAUAGAUCCGAGCAUUCCGCAGAUUACACUCGAAGAAAUGAUGGAUGAUCUUGUAAUUGAAGAUUGAAGUGUCUGAAGUUUAUAAAUAAAAAAAAGUAAAUAAAAAUAACAAUUUUUUUUAAAUAGAUUUUCUAACAAAUGGAUCUAUACAAUCUUGUAUGAUAAAAGAAUUUAUAUUAUAUAGCAGUUGUAUUGUGAAAUUACGAUGGCAUAUUUUUAUCUAUAAAAUAAUCGUUCAACUUGUUGUCUUGACAAUAUAUUUUAUGCAUAUCAAUAAAAAUAUUUAAAAAUAAAAUUGAAAACUUAACGAUUUUUAUAAGUUUCUCCACAUUUUCGAAGGAAUUGGCUAUUAUCAUCAUUGUGUAAUGUUUGAUUAGAUCUAUCCAUAUUAUUAAUAUUAAAUUUAUGAUAUAAUUAAAUAACAUAAUAUGUGGACUGCGUUAAGGAGAUCUAGUAAAUUAUAUAAUUUACUAUACGUAAUUCAUCAAAUGUAUAGAAUAUAUCUAUUGUUCACAACAAAUGUUUAAGAAAUGUAAUUGUGUGAUAAUGAUAACACUCUUCUAUUUGUAUUCUGCGCACAUUUUAGUCAUAAAAAUAAUACAGUAUUGAUUAAAAUUGUA